GUGUCCAGUUGUAUUUCGCGAGAUUUUUAUAUUGUACCAGCGUUCAGACAGCUAUUACAAUGUAUUUUUCUUCGCAGAACAGCAUGUAGUUGAUAAUAAAAAGAUAUAUAAACAUAGCUAAUUGUUAUAAAUUUAGGAGCACGGAAUAUCUUUCGUUUUAUAUUACUGUGUCACUUCUUCACUCGUCAUGUUCGAAAUAUAUUUUGCCGUUGGAGUUCUUCUUACCUCGUGUUGUACAAAUGUAAUUUUUCUUGAACACCUGAUAAAAGCUUCACCUGAUAGUGGAAAUAUCCUCCUUUUUCUUCAAUUUUCCUUUAUUGCUAUAGAAGGUUUUAUUGCUAAUCGGAAGUUCGGAUGGGAAACUAGACAUGUUCCUUUAAAAAACUAUGUUGUCAUGGUUCUACUGUUCUUCACAGCCAGUGCUACUAAUAAUAUGGCAUUAGGUUUCAAUAUACCAAUGCCUCUUCAUAUGAUUUUUAAAUCUGGUUCUCUUGUAGCGAACAUGUUUCUUGGUGCUUUCUUAUUGAAGAGGUCGUACUCAUCUCAAAAAUACCUUUCAGUUGCAUUUGUGUCACUGGGCAUAUUGAUUUGCACUUAUGUUACAAGUGUUUCAAAGGCCACCACAAUGUCUAGUCAUUCAACUGAUGCUUCUACAUUAAUUGGAGUCAUAUUUUUGACAAUUUCACUCAUUGUAUCUGCUGGAAUGGGAAUUUAUCAAGAAAGUAUCGCAAUCAAAUAUGGGAAACAUCCAAGAGAAACUUUGUUUUACAAUCAUGCUCUACCUUUACCGUUUUUCCUGUUACUCGUACCAAGCAUUGCGCGGAAUUUAGAAAUAUUCAAUCAAUCACCUCUGGAGCCGGUGCCAUUUUUUACAAACUUUCUGAACACUGUUUCAGAGUCAGUUUUAUCAUUUCAAAUGAAUUUAGAAAUUCCAAUUUUGUGGCAAUACGUCAUCAUCAAUGUUGUGACGCAAUACUUUUGCAUUCGUUCCGUAUUUUAUCUCGUUACUGAAUGCACUUCGCUAACUGUUACGCUGCUGAUAACCUUACGUAAGUUCAUAUCGUUGCUGUUUUCAGUGCUGUAUUUUCAGAAUGAUUUUACUUUUUAUCAUUGGAUAGGGACAUCGUUCGUUUUCGCUGGCAGUUUAAUGUAUUCAGAUAUUUUUAGAAUAAAAUCUUCUACUGUAACCAUGUUUAAUAACAGCAAAACAUCGAAAAAUGGUAUAAGUAAUGGGUAUCACAAAAACGGUCAUACAAAGGUGGAUUGAAUCUUGUAUUAAACCAAUGCCAAUGAUGCCUUAUCUGUUCAUUAUGCUUAUCAACACAGUUAUAUUUGUGUUAGAAAAUUUCUACUUAUGUGAUUACCUAGAAAUUAUUAUUAUUUUUACUUUCUGCUCUUAACUAUAAUACGAAGAUACCCUAAUGUGGAAAUAAUUCUAACGAAGCAAAGCUGAAGCCAUUUUAUUAUUUGUACAUAUUUUUGUUUUUAAUAUUAUUAUCAUGUCAUAAAGCACUGUGCUUAUGCUAGUCUGCCAAUGUAAUUGUCUCUUUGAAUUAAAAGGAUUGUAUAUACAGUCAAUUGAAUUAAUCAAUGUAUUAUAUGGUAUAUUUUAUGUGAUAUAUAUUUAUUGUAUCAUGCCUGGUUUGAUAAUGGCUUCCCACUAGGAUGAGAAAUUUAUUAUUAUUAGCCUAUGUAUUCACAUGGAGAUAAUUUAAUAUGUAUAGUUUUCCAUCUACAUUUUCUUAAUUUCUUUGUUAGUUAGUAACAUUCUUUAAAAUAAUAUUGCACAAGAGAUAUCCCCACUUUUCUGUCCACUAUAUAACAGGAAUAUCUUACCAAGGUCGGCCCUCUAGGCAAAUUUAACUGACCCGCCUUGGUGGAAUGUUUUAUACCAGGGUAUGCAACAGGUGUCCCAUUUAGCCAAGCCAUUUAGUGUGGCACUUCAUUAAACAUAAAAUCCUAAUCAGACGGUUUGUUUAAAAAUUUGAUCACAUGGGUAAAAAUACAUGUUUUUUGUUGCUGCGUUAAAUCUUGUGUUGUAGAAUUUGUGUUUGGGCCAGCUGGAUGUCUGAUGUUGGUUAUAUGGCCCACUGAAAAAAUGUUGCACACCCCUGUAUUAUACUGUCUAAGUUGUGAUAAUUGUUUACCACUGAUUGUCAACUCCAUGCUUAACUGAAUGUCACCAUUAUUUUAGGAUCAUACUAUAUUUAUAAUUAAUAAUAAUAUAACUAAUGCUACUUUCAUAAUCAUAUUCCAAUAAAAUUUGGCUAAAGCAAA